AUGGAAAAUCAGCAAAAACCGACUCCAAAAUCAGACAAAGUCUUCUCCUUUCUAUCGCAAGACGAGGUAGAAAAGUUGAGACAGGAGGAGGAGCGAAAAAUUGCCACGCUCGGUCGGGACAACAUCCAGCGGCGCUACGAAGCGGAAGACGAGGGCCAGUCGGACGGUGAGCAGCAGCAACAUGAGCAGUCCGGCUACGACGUGCCGGAACCGGAAAAGUCGGACAUUAACGACAACAGCGUGAGGAACGAUUCGCCGCGAUAUUCGGCAAAGGAAGAGUCGCCGAUGGCGGCGCAACAGAAACUGUCCCCAGCGCAGUUGGCGUCGCUACUGAGCAAGACGCCGGUGGUUAGCCGCAUACCGAUCCGGACCGCGAACGCUGAGAAGCGUGCCCGGGCCAACAAUUGCCUGCCACCGGAAUACGAUGAAUCGAAGCUUAGCCCGUCGGAGAUCCGAGCUCUGCGAGCCCAAAAGCGUGCAGCUUGGCGUCAGGCGCGACUAAAAUCGCUGGAAAAUGAUGCAUUGCAAGCGCAAAUUAUGAUCCAAACGAUGAACGCGGUUGUUCUCAGCGAGGACACACCAACGAACGACGCCAGUGCCGGUGACGCAACAGUGGAAGGUCAGCCUGGUGAAGCAGCGAGCAGCUCGCUUAAUUUCCAACCAUUGCACGUAUUGAACGAAGAGACUGCCGCAUCAUGGCAGGACAGCACAACACCCACCAGACAGAGCGUGUACUGUGGGGAUGCUGGAGACCAUCAGAACUCCCUGCAAGAUGAUACCACCAUCUCUGACGGAGCUGUUCUGCGCUUUCCGCGGCUCGCCGUCAAGUCGCGCCCGGGCAGUGAAGUUGUCGUCCGUGAGACUGAGAAGGUGGUCGAGGAGAAGGUGACGCAUCGGACGGAGGAAGCUCCCGGCGGUGGACUGUGGACGGUUGAGUACAUUGAAAAGGUCAUCGAAACAGAG